AUGGUAUCUUGGGAGUUUAUUGAGGAAGCACUUCAUGGAUAUGGUUUUCCAGAAACCUUCACUAGACUAGUGAUGAACUGUGUGACUUCAACAAAAUUUUCCAUCAAGGUAAAUGGCGAAAAUUAUGGAUAUUUUAAAGGGAAGAGAGGAUUGAGGCAGGGGGAUCCAAUGUCAUCAUUGCUAUUUAUGUUGGUCAUGGAGUAUCUAUCUAGAGCACUACAGAAGGUAGGAGAACUACCAGACUUUAAGUUUCACCCAAUGUGUCAUAGCACCAAGCUAAACCAUCUGAUUUUUGCGGAUGACUUGAUGCUAUUUUGCAAAGGGGAUCUUAAGUCUAUAAGAAGGAAGAUAGAGGUGUUGAACCAUUUCAGUAGGGUGACAGGCCUUGUGGCAAAUCUGGACAAGUCUAAUAUAUUUGUAGCUGGGGUGGAUGAUGCUAUGAAGGAACAAAUAUUGCAGCUGACAGGAUUUACACUAGGUGAUCUUCCUAUCAGAUAUUUGGGCUUGCCAUUAUCAUCAAAGAAAUGGACAAAGAUAGAUUGCCAUCAACUGAUCGACAAGAUAACCAACAGGAUUACUAGUGCAUAUUCAAAAACAUUGUCAUAUGCAGGCAGAUUGCAGAUCAUAAAUGCUAUUGCUAGCAAGGCAGAUACACUAUGGAUAAGAUGGGUGCAUGGACUAAAUAUGAAAGACGAGCAAGAUUUUUGGACACAUACACCCUCUAAGGAUAGCAGCUGGUAUUGGAGGAGGCUUAACUCCAUUAAACUAACCAUGGGAAUGUGGUAUACUAAUGGAACCUACUGUCUAUUGACCAAUGGAGCAUAUAAUGUGAGUUGUAGUUACAACCAAUUACUGGGUAGGCAGUUGAAACUACCUGUAGCAGACUUGAUAUGGAACUCACUCAUGCUGCCUAGACACAGGUUUAUUAUAUGGCUAGCAAAUCAGGAAAAACAGCUAACGAAAGAGAGGAUGAUCAGACUGCAAAUGCCAAUAGAAGAUGACAAGUGUUGCCUAUGUGGAGAAAGCAAACUGGAGACUCAAGUACAUUUAUUUGCAGAAUGUACCUGGACAACAAAAGUGAAGGAAGCACUGGAGACUUGGUCGGGUAUUAAAAUACAAAAAACGGAAGUGACAGAAUGCCUAAAAUGGAUAAAAGGAAGACACUGGAAGCAAUAUAAGAAGGAAAUAGCUACAGCUAUAUGGGGAGCCAGAAUCUACCACACUUGGAGAGCAAGUAAUUGGAAACUAUUCAGAGGGACAAUAGUAAAUACAGAGAUUACAAUCACACAGACAAAGAAAGGGAUAGUGGAAAGAGUGGAUUACCUGAAGGAUAGUAGGAAAGCAAGGCUUUCUCAUGAGUAUGUCGAGGCAAAUUUGAAAUUGAAAGAUAAUGUUUUUGAUGGCCUCGAUGAUAUUGCUAAUCUAAAAGCUAAGGACUUCUUUGAGGAUCGAAAUUGA